AUGUCUGAGAAGCCAAUUGUGGGGUUUGUUGGCCUGGGAGCCAUGGGCUUCGGCAUGGCGGCCAACCUAGUCAAGCAAGGCUACCAGGUCAAGGGCUUUGACGUCUUCCCCAAGAGCGUCGAGCGCUUCCAACAACAGGGCGGCAUUGCUGCCACCUCGCUCGCCGACUCCGCCGCCAAUGCGGCCUUCCAUGUUCUGAUGGUCGCUUCAGCCGACCAGGCGCAGUCAGCACUGUUUGGUGAAGGCGACUCCAUCGUAAAGGCCCUGCCGCAGGGCGCUACCCUGCUUCUGUGCUCAACCGUGCCGUCUGCUUAUGCGCAGUCGGUCGAGAAGCAGCUGGCUGACAUUGGCCGCUCCGACAUCUUCUUCGUUGACGCCCCGGUAUCUGGCGGCGCCAAACGCGCGGCUGACGGCACCCUGACCAUCAUGGUCGGCGCUUCGGAUGCUGCUACCGAGAAGGCCCGAUGGCUCUUGGAGGAGAUGUCGGAUCCAAAGGGUCUGUACAUUGUCCCCGGCGGCGUCGGCCAGGGCAGCAACAUGAAGAUGGUGCAUCAGGUGCUCGCUGCAAUCCAGAUUCUGCUUGCAAGCGAGGCCCACGGCUUUGCGGCGCGCUUGGGCCUCGACGCAAAAGAGGUCUACGAUGCCGUCUGCAAGAGUCCUGAAUGGUUCUGGAUGUAUGAGAACCGAGUUCCCAGGACGCUGGCUGAAGACUACACUCCUCCUGUCAGCGCCUUGACCAUCAUCCUUAAGGACGCUGGAAUCAUCACCUCUAUCGCCCGCCUCGUCAACUUCCCUACUCCUCUGUCCUCCGCCGCCGAACAGGUCUAUCUGAUCGGCCUGAACGAAGGCCGCGGAUCCCUUGACGAUGCUGCCAUGGUCCGCACCUACUUCCCCGAUCCCGUCAGCACCGUCAAGCCCGAGAGUAACGGCGCGUCGUCUCCGUCCAACUCCGAGAAGCUCGAUCUGGUCUUCAAGCUCCUGCGCGGCGUCCUUCUGCUCGCCGCUGCCGAAGCCAUCAGCUUUGCCCACUACCUCAAGCUCGACCUGCACCAGUUCUACGACCUCGCGUCCGGUGCGGCCGGCGCGAGUAUCGCCUUCCGCGAGCGUGGAGCCGAGAUGAUUGAAUUACUUACGGGCAAGAAGGUGGCCGGCGCCCGGGAGGGUCUGCAGCCGCUCGACGUUAAGCAGAUUCGGGAAGACCUGGCCGAGGCCAUUAAUGCUGGCAGGAAACUCUACUGCCCUGUCCCGCUGGCGGGCGCGGCGCUGAACCUUCUGGCGACAGCGCAGAGAGUCGCCGGUGAUCAGAAAGAGAAGUCCUACUUCGGACUGCUGCAGUGA